UUUUAUGGUAUUAUGUCAUGUUUUGUGUUGAUCCCAGGAAGAGUAGCUGCUGCUUCAGCAACUGCUAAUGGGGAUCCUAAUAAAAUCCUAAAUGCUAGGUGUGAUAUACUGACCAUUAUCAUGGGAAUUAUGACACCUUCCAAGAGGUGAAGGCUGGGUUGGUUGGUUAUUUCUUAUAAAAGGCUGCCACCAACUCCAGUGUCUAGUAGCCCAGACUGACAGCAAGGUUUUCAUUUGGAACCUUGAACCACUAAAAUAUAGACAACCAAUUGAUUAUUGAUUUAUUUGCUGCGGAAUAAUUAGUGUUUUCUGAAUCUGGAACAAAAUAUCAAAGAUUUUCUAUUUUUGUUGGGGAAAAAUGACUUUCUUCAUCAACUUUGUGUUUUUGUCCACAUUUUCUGCCGUGGCUUUGUCUCUUCCAUUCCCUCACAACUCCAUCAAGAGCGUUCCUAAGAAUGGCGCGAGCCGGGACUUUGAAUCAUCCGGUAACGGUCCAGUCGACGAACAGGAGCCUAUUCGGGGAACGGUCAAAGUAGUCAAACUCAACCCCAAUAACCUGGGUCUGUCGGGUCUUUUUAGACGAGGCGGGAUUUUCCCCCGUGGUGCGCCCGGUCCGAGGAUGCCUUUCCCAGCCUUCUUGUCCACGGGUCGCCCUGGCCCUCUUGCGCUCCCUGACAAAGCAGCUGCGGUGCCUCUGCAUCCACUGUCACAUCUGCACCACGACAGUCAGGGCAAUGGCGGGGUGGGUAUGAAGAAGAGGCAAGGAUUUGAGAUGUGGCAGAGGGCCAUAGAUAAGAGCGCCCACAGUAAGACCAUGUCCAUGUCGCUGCCCCUCAGUCUCAAAGACUCUGCCAACAGACAGAGCUGCGCCGCGGUGCCUUUUACUCAGCGGAUAACGUCCGAUGGCUGCAACGCGGUGACAGUCCACAACAAACUGUGCUUCGGUCAAUGCAGUUCGCUGUUCAUUCCCUCUGGUUGGGAGUCUGCCAGGCUGACGGGUGCAGGGGGACACCGCCGUGCGCCCUGUUCCCGCUGCGCUCCAUCCAAGGCUCACACGGUGACGGUGCCUCUGCGCUGUGGGAUGGAGGUGCGGGAGAAGCGCGUGAUGGUGGUGGAAGAAUGCAAAUGUGAGACUGGUCGUGAGGAGGGGAAUAUCGAGGCUGUGGCCUCCAUGCACUUGUAACUGAAGAUACUGUAGUUUAAGGGCGACAUUUUCCAGGUGCAAAAGCUCUGUGCGAAUUAGAAAACGCACACUGCGAAAUUAUAAUGAAGUUUAUAGUAUUUUUUGCACAUUGCAACGCAACAUUCUUGCACUACGAAAAUAUCGCC